CAGUUAUAUUACAAUUGUAUAUCAUCAAUGAAUUAAUGGUGCUUCAGCAUUUUAAUGUUGGUUAUUCAUUGAAAACGAUUGAUGUAGUGUCAAUAACAAUAACUUGCUUUUGAAUAAUUUACUGAAAACAUACAAAAUUUUCCCUAUAAAAACAAUUUAAUUGAAAAAAUAUUAAAAUUUAUUAAUCAAUUUGGGUUUGUUACCCAAUUCAACAAAUUGCAAUACUAGUUAUGUUAUAAUUUGACUUAAAUCAUGUCCUAUAGUAAACAUUUUUCAAUUGAUGAUGCUUUCGAAGAUGAAUCAUUAGAUGAAAUUAAAGUGAUAAGUUCGAGUGUUGAAAACUCUCCUUUUCAAUAUCCCAGUCAAAACAGAGUUCUCAACUAUGGUGGAAUUAUGCAUGAUUCGGUAAAAAAUUUAAAAUCAUUAAAAGAUACAUCUCAUGAUAGAGAUUCAUUAAUAUGUAAUGGUAAAUUGUUAUACACCAGUAAAGAAAGAGGAUGGUGGCAUCAUCCUCAAGUUCGUGAAAAUUGGCGUGUUGUACUAACUGUCAUUUUAUUACUUUUUAUUGGAAUAGGCCUAUUGUCAGUAGCAAUUGCUGUAGUGUUGAUUCCAAUUACUAAUUAUAACGCAUUAGUUUUUUUUAUUGUUGGUUUUAUAUGUUUUAUACCAGGAGCAUAUCAUGUUGUCUAUAUUUAUCUUGCAGCCAAAGGAUGUCCAGGUUACAGUUUUUACAGUUUAUCAUUAUUUAACUAAUGAUAUCUGAACAAAUUGUAUUAUUACUCUCUAUAUAAUAAUAAGUUAUCUUGAGUUUUAUAUUUUUAAUACAUUUUAUAUUAUACUUGAGUAAAACAUUAGUAUUUGGUUUAAAAAAAAAAAAAACUUAAAUUAAAUUCAAAAAAUUAUUGGUUGAUUUAUUAACUAACUAAAAGAUCUUUGCUUGAUUAACAAUUAAUAAUAUAUAUACUUUUAUUUAGUUUGCACUUAAAUUCCCUUAAAUUCUAUUUUUAUAUUGCAAACUUUCACUUAACUAAUAAACUAUAUAGAGAAGACUUAUUUUUAUACAGUAAUUUAUAAAAUUCCAUUACUCAUGUACUAAUAUAUUUAAAUUACGCAAUAUUUAUUUAU